ACUUUGGUGGCAACAGCAAGCAGCCCUCCAUCACGACAUACUGAUCCCAAGGCACUUGUCAGCAGGAAUUGCCAGUGUACCUCCUUUGCUGGACCUUGCAUAGAGAAUGGGCUGAUCACAGCAUGGUGGAGGUUGGAUCUCGGAGAAGAUCACCGGCUGAUUUGCAACUACUACACUGUCAGACAAGAUGGAUCAUCAAACUUCAUGAGGACCUGGAAUCUUGAGGGCUCACUGGACGGCGUUCAUUGGCAUCAGCUUAUGUGUCAUAGGGAUGACAAGAAGUUAUGUCAGCCUCGACAGUACGCAUCAUGGCCGGUGGUGGGUCCUCAAGCAUCCAUCCCCUUCCGGAUGCUCAGAGUCAUUCUCCGGGGACCAACUUCCAGCAGAUCCACUCCAUGGAACCUCUCUCUAUCGUACUUAGAGCUUUAUGGGUACUUCCGUUAGUUCCACUGCGUCUGCUUCUUUCUUUUUUGGUUUUCGAAUCUGGACUCGGACUUGGGUCUGUAUUUCAACAGUUCAUGGGUGUACCAACUGGGCUUGGCCCUUUGGUAGCUCCACUGCUUCUCUUUCCUUGUUUCUGCUCUUUCUGCAGUUUGUAUCAAACUCUCGUAUGCUUGGAGAUGCCGGCAUUCUCCCAUAUUGUGCUGCUUCUCUCCCAUAACAUGGUUAAGACCACUGUCUGGAUACCUGGGUUGUAACAGUCAACACUGUCCCCGUCCAAUCCGUCUCCACAGGCUCUCAGAGACGUGUUUGCGUGUGGCAGGCUGCAGACAGAGGAUGGCAUGUGAAAGAGCGACAGAAGUUUCAGUCGUGGCAUGAAAGGUGGGAUUCUUGGAAUGGGAUGUACUGUGGAAAAGCACCAACAUGGAGUUGGACAGGUACUUCUCUUCUCUUCGCUUCAAGAUCAGCAGAUAUCUGUUUGUGGUUGCUCCACGUUGUCUGUCUAUAAUUGGGAUGUAUUGUGGAAAAGUGCACUUGGUUGCCAUCAUCUACACAAUGUGCACUCGUGUCCGCGUCCGCACGCAUGCAUGUCCGCAAACGUGUGCAUGCAGGACCUGAGCAGGACGCCAAAGGCUGCACUGCUUAGUUUGCAUGACAGCCGCCCCUCGAAAGCGUAUCUGUUUCGGCGAAGUGAGGAUGAUUUAUGGAGCACUGUUUGAUCUCAGGUCGGACGGGAGGACGUGCUCAAUUUAAGCAUAUGAUUUAGUGGAGGAAGAGAAACCAACAAGAGAUUACACAUUCACAGUUUCUGCGAGCGAACCGGGAAUCGCCCAGGUUUAUGGGGGAGCACUGUCACUGCUGAUGGAGCUCUGCUGCUGAGGGAUAAGACAUUCUUGGCUGGAGCUCUGCUGCUGAGCUCCAACACAUUCCGUUUUCGGCCAAAGUUAAGAGUGACGGUGACCUAUGCUGUGUGCCUCUCAGGCUAGUACUGAAGUUGGGCGAACGGCCGAAAGAGAGUAAUUUGCGUGCAGCUCAUCUGUUAACUAGAGUCUCUGCUUCUGUGCUUAGAAUUGACCGGUUGCCGACAGCUCAAGUGACGUUAUGUUCAAUGCAAUUGCCCACAGUUUCCACAGCAUCCAUGGCUUUGGAUUGUAUUAGCUCACGCGUGAGUGCGAGUUGGUGGUUUGGUGUGACAACAUUUUUCUGUCAUUACUCCUGGCUGUGCAUGGCUUUCAGUGCAUGCUUGAAAGGCUAUGGGAUGGUGCUGCAUUCUCACCAUACGGUCAUGCAGCUAAGAAAAAAGGCUAUGGUUCACAUGAGACCCAUGAAGCAUAUCUUGACUCUCUGUGAAGCUUUACCCAAACACGGAAGAAAUCGCUGGCAUUGUGUUCAUGUUGUCAGGUUGCCAGCCGACAACGAGGAUGUGCCUCGACAUAUGCAACGUGAAUCGAUUUCGAAGCGACCCACGUACUAGAGCCACAGUUAAGAGAACGACUUGUCCUCGCUCAGUGGCCUGCUGUGAGAGGCCAGGGUAAUGGAUUGUCCAAGGGAGUGCUAACAAAAAUCUCUCAUGGCAGUCGUUCUUCUCACAGACCAUCUGCUGUAGGUAUGGUAAUGCAUUUCUGCAGAAUUAUUUCUCGGGAUGUCGAGGACUUUCCAUGGCGCCGGGUAUAUCUGUAUUCAGUUUCUACGUAUUUGGAGUAGUAACAAAAAAGUUGGCCAAGA